UUACCCUAUCUUCAAGAUUUCAUGUACAUGUAAGUAUGUAACAUACCACAAAAAACAGUACAUGACCCAACAACAACCAGCAUUAGCAGAAUAGCAGAUUAGCAGUACCACAUUCAGUUAUUCCAUGGCCUCAUUCUUAUUCACUACCCCUCCUACUUCCACUGCAUCAUUCUUCCCCAAAAUCACACCCAUUUCAAACCCAAACCCAAUUUCCAAAAUCCCAAAACUUUUGGGACAAUCCCAUUAUUAUUCAACUCCCAGAAUUACUCCUUCCAUAACAGCAUUAUCAGCAAGCUCAACAAUGGCUGCUACUGUUGAAAAGCCUGAAACUUUAAAGAGUAAAGUUGUUCCUGCCAUUAUUGUUGGUGGUGGAAGAGUUGGUAGAGCUUUACAAGACAUGGGUAAUGGUGAUGAUUUGUUGAUUAAAAGAGGGGAUUUUGUUCCUCUUGAUUUUGAUGGCCCCAUUUUAGUUUGUACUAGAAAUGAUGAUCUUGAGGGUGUUCUUCAAGUUACUCCUCAAUCUCGUUGGAAAGAUUUGGUCUUUUUCCAGAAUGGGAUGCUGGAGCCAUGGUUUCACAGUAAAGGUCUUGGUGAUGCUGACCAACUUUUGGCAUAUUUUGCGGUUGCUAAGCUUGGUGAACCACCAAUUGAUGGUAAGACAGACACUAAUCCAGAAGGUCUGACAGCAGCUUUUGGCAAAUGGGCUCCUGCGGUAGCAGAAAGAUUACGUGCUGGAGGCCUUUCUUGUAAGGUACUUGAUAAGGAACCAUUUCAGAAACAGAUGUUAGAGAAACUAAUAUGGAUCUCAGCAUUUAUGCUUGUUGGAGCCCUUCAUCCUGGAGCAACAGUGGGUACUGUAGAGAAGGAAUACCGAUCAGAGGUGUCAGCUCUUAUCGCUGAACUUGCAUCUGCAGCUGCAACGGAAAAGGGCUUGGCAUUUGAAGAAGGAAUAGAAGAAAGAUUAUGUGCCUAUUCACGUACUGUAGCACACUUCCCCACGGCAGUAAAAGAGUUCAAAUGGAGAAACGGCUGGUUCUAUUCACUUUCCGAUAAGGCAAUUUCUGAUGGAAAACCUGAUCCUUGCCCCCUUCACACUGCAUGGCUAGAAGAAUUAAAUAUUGUGCAAAGAACAGAGUUGGUAUGCAAGUGAACAUCAAAAGUGUAUCAGGGAUCAAAAUUUUCUGUAUUUAUUAUGCAACAGUUAUAGAGAAAUCACCAUUCUUUUACUUGUUAAUCUAGUUGCAUCCAUGAACUAUUUCAGUGUUUAGAAUUGCUUUUUCAGACAUGAUUUCAGAAAAAUUAAUACAAGUGAAUACAUAAUUUAUGUA